AUGGUUGAACUGCGUCGUUCAAUGGGAGGACGCGGCAAGAAAACCUCACCACCAUUCCUCUCCCAUGAAUUUAUUAUUCAAAAUCAUGGCGAUAUCAUGUCGUGCUUGUUGAUGAUCGUUGUUGUUGGGCUUCUUUUCCAGGGCACAUCGGCAUUCGCAAGCAUUUUCAUUGUUCCGCAGUACAAUGAUACAUUUUCGCUAACCCUGGAUUCCGAACCGCAAGCUUAUUAUCGGACUGGUUUGAAAGAUGUAGCAGCUGUUGCUUUUUAUGCUGUUGGAUGGAUUACUAUUCACGCUAUUUUGCAAGAGUAUGUGUUGGACAAAUUGCAGCGGAAACUUCAUUUGAGUAAAACAAAGAUGAGUAAAUUUGCUGAAUCGGGGCAACUAUUCGUUUUUACUCUGUAUUCCGUUGUGCAUAGUGGCUACAUAAUGCAUGAUCUACGAAUGCAUCUUGACCUUACCAAAUUGUGGAUUGGAUAUCCUGAAGUCCAUCGUCAUAUGACACUUCAUCUGAAACUUUUUUUUAUUUUCCAAAUUGCUUACUGGUUGCAUCAGUUCCCUGAAUUCUAUUUCCAAAAGGUGCGUAAAGAUGAAAUACAGCCGCGAACAUUGUACUCAAUUAUUUUUCUUUUCUUCACCAUUGCAGCAUAUUCUUUGAACUUCAAUCGACUUGCUCUUGCCCUCCUUUUUCUGGAGUAUAUUUCACAGAAUGUUUUUCAUCUUACACGUCUAUUUCACUUUGCUGAAAAAUGGAACAUUGCGAAGACUGGUUUCAAAAUUUGGAAUAUUGUAUUUGUGCUAGUACGAUUGGCAAGUGCAGUAUUAGCUGUACUUACAUUAUGGUAUGGGCUUCGUUCCAAUGAAACUCCUUAUGUGGAUCCAGUGAACGGAAAUUUCAACACUGCGUUCAUCCGAUUGAAUAGUUUAUUGUGCGUCCUGGCGUUACAGUUAUAUAUGCUCUGGAACUUUGUUUUAUUCCAAGUACGUCGUUACCGAGAGAAACAUAGCAAGAUUAAGAUGGACAAGCAACCUAGAAUCCAACAGAAGAGAAGGAAACAUGUAAACGACGAUGUACGCGAUCUGCCAGAAGCUGACCAACAUUCCCGUAAGAAGUCCAAUUAAACUGUUCGGAGAUGACCAGGUCAUUAAGCAGAACAACAGCAGGAGUAUGUGUUUUACUGAAUCGAACGGAAGUUCUUGGCACAAUUACUCCAUAUAAUGAUACAUUUCUCUGAAUUGAGGAAGCGUUUUUGUCCCCAAAUAAUUUUAGUUGUGCUUGAAAGCAUAACAACCUCCUUAUCUAUACACUAGGUUAUGAUUAGUACUUUUUCGAAUAUUUUUUCAUUCCUUUAAUUGUUCUUUGGACGAAACUUUUAGGUUAGGGAAAAACGGGUGAAAGAAUAUGAGGUCCAGAUAUAGCAGCUGGCUCAAUCACCUCAACCAUAUUCUUUGUUGUAUCUUUCUGCUAAUUGUUAUUUCUUGAUUCUUUUUUUCCUCUACUUUAACUUCUUACAUCAUCCCUAUUUAAAUCUGUCAACGAUAUUAUGAAAAUGAUGCUUAUGAAUUUGCCUAAUUUCUGAGCCUUUUGGAACUUCCAUACUUCUUCAGGAUUUGAGAUCCUACUGUGUCCAAAUAUAUUUUAACAGUUGCAAGCGUAUUUCAGGUAACACAGAAUAUGAAUGCAUUAUAUUAAAAUUAUCUUUCAAAUUGUAAUAUAUUGCAUCACCUGUUUCAAGUUGUGAUUCAUUGCUAGUUAUUGGAUUUCUUUUUCUUAUCGUUAAUUCAUACUUUCCUCCGUCCACGUUGUUGUGAUUUGAACCUUUGCUUGUCUUACGUUUUAUUUUUAGCAUGUCUUCAUCUUUCGGUUACUUGAUUGGUCAUUUUGUUUUAAUUUAUAAAUUUGUACGGAUGCUGUCAGUCAGUCUGUUGUGUUGUAGUAAAUUAUUGAUAAACUUUGUUAUGCGA